CUUCCAAGGCGCAAACCAUCAUUCAACUAUCUCAAUCACUUCCAACUUCUGCCACUCAUCCAAUGCUCAAUCAUCUGAGCCCUCGGGGGUUCCACUUUGACACCACCACCAAUACCCGAGACCUUUCUUCACGAGAAUACCAUCAUCACUUUUACCCCCACGCAAUCCACAAUUCCGCGAAUUCAAAUGCGCCAUCGUUAUGUCAGUCACAUCACUCUCAACACAACGCUCAAACUAUCUAUCACCCCCAUUCAUUACAGCGCGACACUCCCACCGGCACUGAUUCUUCACAACCGCCUAUCAUCAACAAUUUG